CUUUACACGCUUGCGCAGUAGCAAGUAUGGUUUUGAGAGAAAAGAAUUUCCACCGCUACGUUAGGAAUUUAAAUAAAUAGUCUGUAUGGAGGUAAAUAUAUUAGAUAUAUAUUUUCAGUGACAAAACAACUACUAACCCGCCUGUGAGGCAGUCGACAGUUUCAAUUUAAUGUCAGGAACUUAAGAAGUCACUAAAGAUGCCGCUCUUUGGAAACACAUUCAGUCCGAAGAAGAUUCCACCUCGCAAGUCUGCAUCUCUGUCCAGCCUCCACACGUUGGAUCGCUCAACAAGAGAAAUAGAGCUGGGCCUUGAGUAUGGACCUCCUGUGAUGAACCUUGGAGGUCAGAGUUGGAAAUUUGAAGAUGGACAGUGGAUAUCAGAAUCUGGUGGGAAUGGGUCUGGUAGGGAACUGCAGCGGCUUAAGAAAAGAAAUGUGCAGCUGGAGGAAGAGAACAACCUCUUGAAACUAAAGAUUGAAAUUCUCCUGGACAUGUUGACAGAGACGACUGUUGAGUACCAUCUGAUAGAAAAAGAAGUGGAAGAUAUAAAGACCCAACACCGAAGGAAGAAAUGACAAAUCUGAUCCAGUGCCUUCAUCAUGGAAAAUGUUUAUUUGCAGACAGUUUGAAGUUUGCUGAUGUAAAAAGAAGUGUUACUUUGUUUUUGUUUUGUUUGCUCAUAACUACAGAGAUAAAGUAAUGAGCCCAUUUUUUUUUUUUGCAUAAUGAGGAUUCUUGUGCUGUAGAUCUUGGCACUGCUUGUAGUUAAAAGCAGCUGCCUUUCAAUCAGAUUUAGUGUCUUCUUUUAUUUGUCAUGUCCUGCAUUUGUAACUGUAAAUCUGAAACAACUGUGAACAUCUUUGUUCAAUGCACUACAUCUUCUUCUACAUCUUUUACAUAUAUAUGACGAGUGUUGUCUGACUGUUUCUUCUUAUGUUUUUUUGUAUUUACUGUAUUUUCUAUCUAGAUUAAAAGUAAAAGCCAUUA